AUGACAACACCCGCCGCGAACUCGCACGCCCGUAAGAGGGCCAUGCCGCCAACUUCCCCGUCCGGGAAACCAGUCCCCUCGUCACCAGCACUGCUCGCGCAGGCCAAUCCCGUACCCGGCUCGCCCACUUCAGAGCUGCAGACCCCCCGCGAAAGGCGCAGCAUCAGCAACCGCUUUUGGGAGAAGAACGGAUCACGCGCGAAAGACGGCACGUCUGGCGUCGACCUCGCCAGCGACUCCAGCGACCCCGACGACGAUUCCGAGGCGGCGCGCAUCAAGAAGCACGACCACCUCCACACCAAAGUCAAGAGGCUGCUCGCUCUGGAAACAACUGGAGCUAUUCGACUGAAGACCUUGGAGUCCAACAAAACAGUCCGCGAAUACAACAAGUUGCUCGACGCUUUCGCGCACAAGCCGAAGACGAAGAGGAAACGCGCGCAGUGCACGGAGACGUUGCGACUGUUUUUGGAGGACCACGAUCAGAUUAUCGAUCUGUAUAAUCAAUACGCCAUACUGGAUCACGGCCUGCACAAGGAUCGCAUUCUGCCAGAGUUUAUGCGGGACGACGACCGCUCCGCCUCAGCCAAAAAGAUCGAGCAGGCCCAGGCGAGCAACGUGCGGCGCGCACCAGCUAAGCAUGCGUUGAACAAGGAGGACGACAGCGACGAGGAAGGGGUUGUGUUGCAGACGGUCAAGAGUGGCGAGGGCUUUGAUGAGCCGAGUGUGUUCAAUACUAGGGGUUUGACGGUGCCGAGUAUCUUCAAUCGGAAGACUAGUGCAACGGUGGAGAAGGAUCAGAGGAGGUUUCUGCUGCAUAGGAGGGAUGGACCCUUGACCAGAGACGCUGAGGGUGAUCAACAUGUCCUCGAUGAGCGGACAGCCGGGGAUCAGGAAGAGACUCCGACGCGGCCACCGACCAAGAAGAGAAGGUUGGGUUAG